CAAACGAAGAAGAUAAGACGAAUUCCAUUCCCUCGCUCUCCCCCUCAAAACCCCAAUCCACUCCUCCCUCGUCGUCUCCAUCUCCUCCUCCUCCUCCCACCAAAUCGCUCUCUCCUUCGCUCCCUAGAGCAGCAGCAAACGACAAUGGCGGCUCUGCAACAGAUACCCUUCUCUCUCCAGUCCAAAAUCCCGUCCCCAAAGACCCAAUUCAUCCAUAAACCCUCCAACCUCUCCUUCUCCGCGACCUUCCCCUCCCUCAAGCUCGCCCCCGCCCGCCUCCGCCACCGCCCCUCCCCCUCCGCCGCCGGCGCCCGCAUGUCCGCCACUGCGGCCGCGAGCUACGCGGCGGCCCUCGCCGACGUGGCCAAGUCGAACAACACCCUGGACGUCACGAGCGCCGACGUGGAGAAGGUCGAGAAGAUCUUCUCGGAGGAGGGCGUGUUGGAGUUCUUCUCGAACCCGACGGUGGGGCUGGAGAAGAAGCGGGAGGUCGUGGACGAGAUAUCGGCGUCGUCGGGGCUGCAGCCGCACACGGCCAACUUCCUGAACAUCCUGAUCGAGGCGAAGCGGAUCGACCUGAUAAAGGACAUCGUGAAGGAGUUCGAGACGGUGCACAACACGCUGACGGAGACGGAGCUGGCGGUGGUGAGCUCGGUGGUGAAGCUGGAGUCGCAGCACCUGGCGCAUAUCGCGAAGCAGGUGCAGAAGCUGACGGGGGCGAAGAACGUGAGGAUCAAGACGGUGAUCGACCCGAGCCUCGUCGCCGGGUUCACGAUCCGGUACGGCAGCUCCGGGUCGAAGCUGAUCGACAUGAGCGUGAAGAAGCAGCUCGAGGACAUCGCCGCUCAGCUCGAUUUGGGGGACAUCCAAUUGGCCGUAUGAUUGACGAUGAUGUCGAUGGUAUUUUCAUUUUCAAUUUCAUUUUUUCUCAUUUCUUGGUUUCGGUUUUUAAUUCUUAUGUAUGUGAUGCGACUGAUGUUGGGAAAUAGCAAUUGAUGCACUAAUUGUCCGAAUGGACAAAGAGUUAAUUAAGUAGCUAUCUAUGCCGAUAUAUAACAUUAUUGUAGUUAUUUAAA